CACACGAGAGACACACACAACAUCGAAAUCACAACUCAAGAUUGUCAUCAAACACUAAUACAGAAAGAGAGAGAGAGAUGGAUGACUUCUUUCUUGAUACGGUUUGUCAAGAAGAAGACAACUUAUGGGAUCUAAUCGCCGAUGACAUUUCCGUUUACGAUGACAAAAGCGUCAGUAGUGUACCGAACAGAAGUGCCUUUAGGCCAUACGUGAAGGGCACGGAACCUUUGUUGAUGUCUUCAUCGAAAGUGAACGUGAAGAAGAGAAUGGUGAAUUUGCUGAGAAAGAAUUGGGAGGAGAAGAGAAACGCGGUUGCGCCAGAGAAAGAAAGGUGCCGGCGACAUAUGUUAAAAGAAAGAACUAGAAGAGAGAAACAAAAACAGAGUUACUUAGCUCUCCAUUCUCUACUACCAUAUGCCACUAAGAAUGACAAAAAUACGAUUGUUGAAAAAGCUGUGGAUGAGAUUGUGAAAUUACAAAGAUUAAAAAAAGAACUAGAGAGAAAAAUUAAGAUGAUUGAGGCAAAAUCAGCAAAGGAUGGUCAUAAUGAUAUGACUGAAACAAAGGUUAGGUUUAGUCUACAAAAACCUUUGUCUGGACUUGAUUCAAUGGUAGAAGUUCUUCAUUGUCUUAAAUCAAUGGGGACAAAACUCAAAACUGUCCACGCCAAUUUCUCUCCUCACGAGUUCUCUACAACCAUGAACAUCGAGACUCAGAUAAGAGGAGAAGAGGUGGAAAAGAGAGUGGAGAGAAGACUCCAAGAAAAUGAAUGGAAAUUUCUGUUUCUCUCAUAAGCUUUUCAUUUUUUUCAAAGACUACUAAUCAGUUCCUUUGUGUUGACUUUUUUUUCAUUCAUUUUAUUUUUUCUUAUAUAUAUAUUUGUAGAUAUGUAAUUCAAUUGGUUCUACUUUGUUGCCAAAAAAUAAAAUAUAAUUGGGCACUACUUUUGAUUUUUAAAGGUUAUAAGAAUAAUAUUACACAUCUGAAAAAGAUUAAUUUA